CGUCACUUGAUUAACUCGAGACUGAUUCGCUAAUAUAUCACUGAUUAACGAUAUUAUUGUAGUUUAACACGACCACUGUAUUGCAGUAUUGUCGAGAAAGUGUGUUCGAUUAAUGUGCAAUUGCAAUUCGCCGUGAUAAAUGAUAGAGUCUGAGAUGCGAUACAUCUUCGCCAAAAUUUUCAUCGUAACAGCCGUAGCUUUGGCGAAUCUCGUCAGUGCAGGAUGCUACGAUCACAGAUUCGAAACUUACCCCUUCGAGGUGAAAUGUCUGAACAACGAUACGUACUUGCGAAUCACUUGUCACACGGACGAUUGGAUCAAAUCCCUCGUAAAGCUCGAUUUACCCUUUGCCUCGAGCGUGGGAUUUAUAGACUGCAAUUUUCCUAGAACGGCGAAUCUGCCGGAAAUUCUUCGGAUUAUGAACGUUACAGUCAAUGAUCACAUCACGAUAGCGGGACGUUAUUCUUCCCUAACCAGGGAUAACUAUCGAAAUCUCUCCGUAGCGCAUCUGCAAUUAUCUGGCGGAUACGACAACAUGUCGCUAAGCUACGACCUACUUUACGAUGUGACGGAUUUAAAUGAGUUCGACAUCAUCGGUAGCGAUGUCGUCCAAAUUCCCGAGGCUUUCUUCGAAGACUGGGCAAAGAACAUCGUGACGCUUCAGUUGUUCAAGAAUAAGCUUCGAAAAAUUGCCAGAGCCGAUUUCGCCCGGCUAGUCAAUGUAGAAAUAUUGGAUCUUAGACAAAACGAUCUCGAUGAAAUCGAGCCAAGCGCCUUUGACAACUUGACGCAUCUGCAUACGUUGCGACUUGACAACAAUCGACUGCACACCUUACCGUCCGGUCUGUUCCAUCAACUCGGCCGGCUAACCGACGUCUCAUUGAGUCUCAAUUUCUUCGACGAGCUACCACAAAACUUACUCGAAACAACUGCGAGCCUCACGAUAUUUGCCAUGAUCAAAAAUGAUGGCAAAUUGAAGGCGGUGCCCAACGGCUUUUUCAAGAAUCUCGGUAAUUUGGAGACGGUUUACAUGGAAGGCAGUCAAGUGGAAAGUCUGCCCGCCGACUUAUUUAUUGGUUGUUUCAAGCUUUCGCGUGUCAGCAUCGAAGGGAACAAAUUAAGAAAUCUACCAGCCGAGCUAUUUGCUGACACCAGAAGCCUUGAGUAUCUAGAAAUCAGAAAUAAUCGCCUGGAGUCUUUGCCCUCGCAAUGGAGCGAGAACGAUAUGGAAGGACUGCAGUCACUGAAACACUUCGAUGUCUCUGGCAAUAAUUUAACUCGAAUAGAUAGUCGUCUCAUCAGAUACUUGAAGUCAGCGAUAGUCGUGAAUUUAUCGCGUAACCAAUUAAAUUUCGACAGUUCGGACAAAGUAGAAUAUCAGAGUGUGUCUCCCUCGAUAAACGAUGUAAACGGAACAAGGACGUUCGACAUCGAAAUCUUUCAACAAUCAAAUUUGGAUUCUAGCGUUAAACUGAAACGUAUCGACUUAAGUCACAAUAGAAUCGUCCACAUCGAUGCUGACGUGAUGAGCAUCCUGAGGUACAGCGAAACCAUCGAUCUCAGCUAUAACCGUAUAUCCAAGAUAAACAUGUCUGCGUUGUCUUUCGCAUUGAGUGCGCGCGAUGUGAACGAGACCGGUAAAAUGACGAUGUCGUUGCGCGAAAAUCCUCUGCGUUGCGAUUGCGAGCUCACAGACUUCGUUCGUUACCUGGCCGGUCAGGACGAGGGUGAAGCCGGCAAAAUAAUCAUCGACGACCACGAGUAUUAUGGUGGUAUCUCCUGUGCGUCGCCCGCAGAAUUGAAAGGCCUCCCCGUUUUCAAACUUCGCCCGGCAGAGCUGAGUUGCGUAGUGGAAACGAGCGCUGCCGAUGAUGCCUGCAACGGCACCUGUCGCUGUCUAGAGUAUACCGCCAAGCGAGUUUUGGCCGUGGACUGCUCCCGCAGAAAUCUGACGCGACUGCCGCUAAUGAUUCACAACGAGCACGACUCGUCGAUCGAGCUCAACAUGACCGGCAACAACUUACAACUUGCCACAUACUCCGAUCGACCCUACUCGUCCAACGUUACUAGCCUGGAUCUGUCCAAUUGCAAUGUAAACGAUGUGACGCUCGACAUGUUCUCACCGAGGCUACGGUCCUUGAGACUGCACGGCAACCACAUAUCGCGUCUCAACUCGGACGUUAUCGAGUACUUGGCCCGCAACGACUCUCUGCGCGACAUCACGUUCCACGACAACCAAUGGAUCUGCGACUGUGAGACUCGACGAUUCUUCGAUUUCGUGAAAGAGACAUUCGCCAAAUACGAUUUUCACGAGAUCGGGUGCGAUGGAGCCAAGCGGAAGCUCUACCAAAUGACCGUAAGCGAAUUCUGCAGCGUGACCGGAACUGAAGUCAUUACCAGUGUAUUUAUCGUGCUUUUGAUCCUUGCCAUUUUCGCUGCCCUCUACUACAAAUACCGACGCAGGUGUAGAACGUGGUCCUACGUGAAUCCUCCCUUAUAAAAUUGAUUGCUUGAACAGUGAAGUCGUUCAUAUGAUCAGCUGGCAGAAGUAGAUGAGUAACUGCCACGUUACGUUAUUCUUCAAUUUUGCUUGAAAGAGACGGAAAAUUUAAAAACUUUGCCACUAAUUGAAUUAAUAGUCGACAGUUGAGUAAAAUUUUUAGUCACUUCCAUGUAAGAUGAUUUGUGAACAGUAUGCGGUCAAUAUCUUAUACAAUUGGUCGCAUGUCAAUGUUAAAAUUAGUAUCUUCACCUUGACUUAAAAUGAUAGACAAAUAUCUAGAAUUGUAAGAUGUGAUAUACUCAGAAGAUAAAAAUGAGAAACAAAAUUGACGUGUGUGCUAAUGUUCGUCUAGUCUGUAAGCAAUCAAAAAAUUUAUGCCACGAAAUGCUAAGAUGCAAAGAUAAAAAAAUGCUAAAGUAAUAAUAUUUAUCCAACCAAAUAAACGACAAUUUGAUAGGUGAUAAAGUGGCUGUGCAAUAAUAGAUAUCCUACGUUACAAAAUAUGACUUGUUUGGGAGAAUUAACUUUUUUACAAAUCGAUGUACAAUACUGCAAGAAAUCUGCUGCUAGUUCCACGGACUUCAGCUACCAAGACGACUCCAAAUAAUAAAGUGGGAACAAUGCAUUUGCGAAGAGAUUUCGAUCAAUAAUUGUCAAUGAAAUACUUUUGGAAACGCCCUCUUGAAUUCACAUUGCGUACAAAUUGAAAUGUUAGUAUUUAAUAUUUAAAAUUGCAUUGGAGACAUAAAAGAAAUAGUUUUACAAAGAUUUAUUUUAUAGUAUUAUUUUUCGACCUGCCAUUCAAUCGAUUUUACAGUAUUUUAUUUGUGAUGCCGCUCUUAA